AUGCCUGACUCGCAAACCGACGAUUUUUAUUCUUCCUUUGAGCCCUAUGGCUCGGAAUUCACAAAGCAAGGAGGUGGCCUUGACUUUGCUUCAUUUCACUCGCCUUCAGACAUCCUCGCGCCCCACCCCGAUCUGUUCGAAUUAGAACUGGAUUCGAGCCUUGCGGCUUUCAACGAAGUCCAGCUGCAGCUCCUCACCGUAGAUUCCAACGACGCUUACUCCUUUUUGAGAUCCGAUACUCCAACGUGUGGUCCUCCUUCCACGAUCACCGUUUCCUCCGAGUCUACAUACGACACUCUUUCCACUCACUCAGAGUCUCUCUAUAACUACCAGGACUCUCCUUCCUUUUCUACCAAUUGCUCCUUUCCUCUCGACCUCGAGAUGGAUUUCCAGCGAGUUCGUGUCGGUGGCAGCGCUUGCUCCGACUACGGUAUUAAUUCCGCUGCGCAGUCUACCAAUAAUUCUCUUCCCAUGACUGUCGACCCCAGCACUUUUGGGGCCUUGCCCCUUAGUCCCCGCAGUCCUGUGACUGCGCCUGCUGCAGACAUUUCCUAUAAGCGCACAAGCUUCUCAGACUACGGUGGCGCAACUCGCAUACCUGCGGUACCCAAGUCCUCAACUGCAGAAUAUUUUCUCAACUACAUUGCCGGCGCUGACUCUACCGUCUCGCCGUCUAAUAUGUCGCAGUUAUCUUCAUCUUCCUCCCCCCCACCUCUUGCAAGGUCGCUCAGGGGUGUCGACGAUCAGUCCAAAGAGGAUCCUCGUAAGAGAUACCAAUGCCCCUCAUGCCCCCGAGCAUUUGCUCGGGCUUACAACUUGAAGACGCACAUGGCCACUCAUGAUCCCAACCGUCUCAAACCUCAUGUGUGCCCUCACCGCUCGUGUGGGCGGUCCUUCAGCCGCAAGCAUGAUCUUGGCCGUCACUUGGUCAGCAUUCAUCGGGACGAGUCCGUGACUUCCACGCCGUCUGCGGUAGUCAAGUCUAUAGGUGUCGAUAGUGGUCACAGAAGUUGGUGUGACAACUGUGGCAAAGGAACAGUCGGUGCUUCGGGCCAGUGCCUGUGCGCCGAUAUCAAGUAG